AUGCCGUCCGCAGACGACGAUCUCAUUUUCACCCUCUCAGACAACGACAGUGGCGAUCUAAGUGAACUCGAGCAGCCCCAGACCGACCGGUCGACUUCAAAUAAACGAAAAAGAGACCUCACUGCGGCGGCUGUCCCCGUAAAGAAAAACAAGAAGCAGAAAACGCAGGCUGUGGAGCAGGACGAUAGCGACGAGGAGGUUGAUGGGAUCAAAGAUGAUGCGCUUGACUCUGACUUCGAGUUUGAAUUAGGCACAAACAAUCUGACUGAAGAGAUCGAGGAUUUCGAUGGCUGGGGAGCGACGACAACCAAGACACAGACCGCAACCAAGAAAGGCGUGGAUCUAGAUGCUAUCAUCGCAAGAAGAGCCAAAGUCAACGGGGACGCUGUCGUAGACGCCGCGAACAACUCCGAAGACCACAACGACGUUGAGGGGAUUGAUGAAGAGGCUGCCGAGUCGGAUGAGGAUUCAGAUGUGGCGUCCGACGAGAGCAGUGAUGGAGAAGAUGCGCCUAUCACAUUUGACGACGAUGAGCUCGUCGUAGAGGAUGCGUUUGGCGCCUCUGUGGCUCCGGAAGCCGACGAGGAUGGCGCAAGAGCCUCAGAUGAAGAGGAGCCAGCAUCCGGGACCGACGAAGAAGACGAUGACGAGUCAGUAGCAUCACCGACUGCUCAUCCCGAUGACGACGGGUCGGCCUCCGAUGCGGACACGGACAACACAUCGCCAGUAUCCGACGACGACGAGCGAGAAAAGAGAGCUGCCUUCUUCGCGCCCGAAGCGAACCCCAGCGACCUCUCAGCAGCUAAGUCAUUCCAACAGUUCUCUCUAUCACGUCCAAUCCUCCGAGCGGUCGCCGGGCUAGCCUUUUCAACACCGACCCCAAUUCAACAACGCACGAUCCCAAUGGCACUUCAAGGCCUCGACGUCGUAGGUUCAGCCGUAACAGGCUCCGGCAAGACUGCCGCCUUCCUGCUCCCAAUUCUCGAGCGUCUUCUCUACCGACCACGCCGAGUCCCCACCACCCGCGUCGCAAUUCUCAUGCCCACUCGUGAGCUCGCAGUCCAAUGCCACUCCGUCGCCGUGGCUCUCACCAAAUACACCGACAUCACCCUCGCGACCCUGGUCGGCGGCUUCUCCCUGCGCGAGCAGGAGGCCACCCUCAAGAAACGCCCAGACAUCAUCAUCGCCACCCCCGGUCGCUUCAUCGACCACAUGCGCAACUCGGCCUCCUUCACCAUCUCCACCAUCGAAAUCCUUGUCCUCGACGAAGCCGACCGCAUGCUCGAGACCGGUUUCGCCGACGAGCUCGACGAAAUCCUCCGCACCCUGCCCAAGUCCCGGCAAACCAUGCUCUUCUCCGCCACCAUGACCUCCAGCAUCGACACCCUCAUUCGCGUCGGCAUGACCAAACCCGUCCGCGUCUCCAUCGCCUCCGCCACCACAACAAAUACAACCCUCACCCAAGAAUUCGUCCGCCUACGCCCCGGCCGCGAACACCUACGCCUCGCCUCCCUCGCCCUGCUCUGCCUAAACCACUACAAAACCCGCACCAUAAUCUUCUUCCGCCAAAAAUCAACCGCCCACACAACCCGCAUCCUCCUGGGCCUCCUAGGCCUCAAAGCCGGCGAACUCCACGGCAGCAUGACACAAGACCAACGCAUCUCCGCCGUCAACGCCUUCAAAGACGGCUCCAUUACCCACCUGCUCGCCACCGACCUCGCCUCCCGCGGUCUAGACAUCAAAAACGUCGCCGCUGUCCUCAACUACGAAGCCCCACAAACCCACGAGAUCUACGUCCACCGCGUCGGCCGAACCGCUCGCGCAGGCCGUGAGGGCCGCGCCUGCACCAUCGCCGCCGAACCAGAUCGCAAAGUCGUCAAAUCCGCCGUUCGUGCUGCAAGGACUCAAGGCGCAAAAGUCAUCUCCCGCGCCCUUCCCCAGGACGAAGUCGAGGCCAUGCACGCUCGCCUCGAAAUACUGACAGAGGAUGACCUUCCAGCCAUCCUAGCAGAGGAGAAGGAAGCCAAACUCCUCGCCCAGACCGAGAACGAACUCACCCGCGGCGAAAACAUCCUCAAGCACAAAGACGAGAUCCUCGCCCGACCCAAACGGACAUGGUUCGAGACCGAGAAGGAGAAAUUGGAUGCCAAGAAGCGUGGCUUCGAGGCACUCAACAACCCCGCAGGCUUGAAAGUGCAGGUCAAAGUCGAGCGAAAGAAAUUGUCCAAUAAGGAUAAGAAGCGGCUCGAUGCGAAGCGGGAGCGGAAAGAAGGCGGCGCGGAAAGCGGAGGCAAGGGUGGGAAGAAGAAGUUAUUGGAGCAGCAGAGCGCAGCGAAAGAUGCAGCCAAGAAGAAGAAGCGGAGGGCGGAGAAGGACAAGGUUACGGGACGUACGGAACGGUCGAAGAAGUUCGGUGGUGGUGGUGGUGUGCGCGGUCAUUAUGAUUAUAGGUAUGGCAGACGGAAUAU